ACUUACCUUUUCAACUUUCAAAGGUCUCUCUCUCUCUCUCAGAGCUAUUUCAGAGUCACUGCCUUUUAUAGUUUUAUUAUAGUAUUUUAUUAUAGAGUUUUACAUAACGCCAAAAAACCCUCUCUCUUCUUCACUCUCACCCACUCUGUAAAAGCUGUUUUGUUUUUUCAAGAGUCUCUCUGUGUUCGUGAUGAUCAGACUGAUAUAGAGAGAGGGAGAGAGAGAGAUAUGGGUUCGUGUGUAUCGAUUUAUGGAAACUCUAGCUCCGCCAAAGACGACAAGCUCGUCAUUCUUCCCUCACCCAUCAAGGAAAUUCCCACCAAUGGUGACCGUCCGAUCAUCCUCAACAACGUUGUUUCUGUUAAGUCUCAGUGGUCGCCUUCUCUCUCAACCCCCAGAGUCUAUGGUAGCAAAGAGGAAAUUUUUUUUGAUUCUCAACCCUGGUUAGAGUCAGAUUGUGAGGAUGAUUUUUAUAGUGUCAAUGGUGAUUUUACCCCAUCCCGCGGCAACACUCCAGUCCAUCAUAGCUUAUCCAUUGGAACCCCUCGAAUCAACAUAGCUCGUUUUGAAGAUAGAAUGCCUGGUUCCUUACCUGAACCAUCUCCAACAGAUACGAUAAAGAAACUAGCUCGUUUCGAGGACAGAAUGCCUGGUUCCUUACCUGAACCAUCCCCGAAAAAGAAACUAGCUGAACUAUUCCGAGAGAACAGCAGACACGAAAAUGAAGAUGUUGACAACCUAAAUACAUCAGGCAAUCAGAACAUGGCCAACGGAAACAUGGAAGCUAAACCGACUGUACUUGACCUCACCCCAAAGUCAGCACAUGGUACCCCAUAUGGAACUAACUCUGUCUGCAGUAGUGAAAAGACUCCUAAUGGAGGCGUCUUCACCGAGAAGGAGAAACCAAUGAGGUCCGUGCAAUGUUGUCUUCCAAGCUUAAUUUCAAGCGCUAGCUUUAGUGAUAGGAAGAAGAAGAAAAGCCCUGCUAUAGCUGUACAUGAUGAACCUUGAUGUGCAAUGCCUCUGGUAUAAAUAUUAUGGAAGAGACCCAGGUUCUUGUUUUCUUUGUGAUAACAAAUCCUAAGCUACUUAACUUCGCUUUAGAUUUUUGUAUAGUGUAAGCGGUAUCUAUUAAAAGAACUCGUGUGAAUCAUGGAUUUGAGUGCAUGUAAAAAAACAAUAGUGGAGAUGUUCUAACUCCAUCGAGGAAUUUUUACUGUCGCAAUCUCAAAAAUGAGGUUACAUUUUUCA